AUGGAGGGCUUUGCAACACUUGUACUUCUCUUCUCCAUCUUAAGAAUCUCCAUUGCAGUCGAUACAUUGACUGUAAAUCAAAUAAUUACAGAUGGUGAGACCAUAACUUCAGCUGGUGGGAGCUUUGAGCUGGAUUUCUUCAGUCCGGAUAGUUCCAAGAACCGAUACGUGGGGAUAUGGUACAAGAAAGUGGCUACUAGAACAGUUGUAUGGGUUGCCAACAGACAAAUCCCACUCACUGAUUCAUCCGGAGUUUUGAAGGUCACCGACCGGGGAACUCUUGUCAUUCUCAAUGGUACUAAUACCACAAUUUGGUCUUCUAAUUCAUCACGACCAGCACAGAAUCCAAAUGCUCAGCUUCUGGACUCUGGAAAUCUUGUCAUGAAAAACGGAAAUGAUAGUAACUCAGAAAAUUUCCUGUGGCAGAGUUUUGAUUAUCCAUGUGAUACUCUUCUACCAGGCAUGAAAUUUGGACGGAACAGAGUGACGGGCCUGGAUCGGUACCUGUCAUCAUGGAAGACCACUGAUGACCCCUCUAUAGGUAAUUUCACAUAUCGGCUUGAUCCUGGCUCAGAAUAA